AUGACCCCAGCAACAUUCACCCACAAAACCAUCCUCAUAACAGGCGCCAACUCCGGCAUCGGCUACGAAGCCGCACGACAAUGCCUCCUCCUCAACGCAGAACGAGUCAUAUUCGGCGUCCGCUCCGUGAAAAAGGGGCAAGAAGCCAUAUCGGCACUCCGCGCGAAUCCUGAAAUCAACAAAGUCAACCCCGGUGCGAGACUGGACGUGUUCAGACUUGAUCUGGAUGAUUAUCGGUCUGGAUUGGAUUUUGCGAGGAAGAUCAAGGCGGAGAUGAAGAUGUUGGAUGUUUUUAUUGCGAAUGCGGGGAUGAAUGUUAUGAGGUUUAUGAGGAGUAGAAGUGGGCAUGAGAAGGUUAUGCAGGUAAACGCCUACACCCACUUCCUCAUCGCCCUCGAACUCCUCCCCCUCCUCUGUUCUACAGCUACGAUUCGGAAAUCCCCCUCUCGUCUCGUCAUGGUCGGUUCCUCGGCGCAGAAUAUGCACAAUCUCUCCCAGUUACCAAAAGAUAAAUCCAUAAUGGCAUAUCUAGACGAUAAGUCAACAUAUAAUGGGUUUAGACAGUACGCUAAUAGCAAAUUGGUGAUGAAUGCCUUCGCACAACAUCUUGCCUCGGUCAUUCCGGCUCGGGAGGUUAUUGCUAAUACCGUCGAUCCGGGGAUGGUGGCUACGGGGUUCGACAAGGAGUUACCGGGUUGGCUGCGGGGGAUCAUGUAUAUGGCGCGGAAGGUCUUUGCGAAGUCGGUUGAGGAUGGAGGCAGGACGUUGGUGGAUGCGGCGGGGAUUGUGGGAGAGGAGAGCCAUGGGAGGUUUUUGUCGCAUACUCGUGGGGCUCCUAGUGAUACGCCUCCCUUGGUGGGCGCGGAGGGGAAGCAAUUCCGAGAGAGACUAUGGGAAGAUCUACUAGCUGAUCUGAGAAAUGUUGACGAGAAGUACAGGAAUGAUUAG